AUGGCGGCAUCCGACGAAAGCGCCAGCGCUGACGCAGAGGACUCUGUCAUGGUGGAGGCCGCCCUCGACGAAGUCCUUCGGGAUCCAUGCGCGUCGCAGGCGGACUUCUAUGACCUCGUCGCUCGUCUACCGCUCCACUGCUGGGCCUGCGAGUGGAUUUCGCCGAAGCCAGGGGUGCUGCAGAGCUGCAGCUUGGUUCCGAAGAUCGGAGCCAUGGGUCUUCUGGGUGGACGCCUAGCUGCUUUGAAUGCGGAGGUCGUGCUGAGCAUUGGUAGUCGUUUGCUUGGACUACUACUACCGGCCUAG